AUGUCUGAGAUGAGUAAUAAAGAAUUGGCCAAUUAUUUCACCUUUUUAUUUUAUCUCCCAUUUACAGACCAGCCGCUGAAACGAAGAAAGCGGCAUAGAAGAAAGCAAGUAAAGAACCAAGAACCAUGUUUGAUGAGAGGAGUCUAUUACAAGAACAUGAAAUGGCAAGCAGCCAUUAAAGUUGAGAAGCGACAGAUCCACUUGGGAACUUUCUCUUCUCAAGAAGAGGCUGCUCGUUUAUACGAUAGGGCUGCUUUCAUGUGUGGAAGGGAACCAAACUUUGAGCUCUCGGAAGAGGAUAAACGAGACCUCAAACAACAAAGCUGGGAAGGGUUUUUGGCUUGCACACGCCGAAAAAUUACCAACAAAAGUAUGCUUUUGCUACUAAAGCAACCAUAAUAUAUG